AUGGCAUCGGAGGCAGAGAAAACAUUCCAGAAGUUUGCUGUUUUUGGAGAUACGUCAAGCAAAGGCAAUGAAAUGAACAACAAGAACUUUGCCAAGCUGUGCAAAGACUGUGGCAUCAUAGACGGCAAGGCAGUCACCUCCACUGAUGUGGACAUUGUGUUCAGCAAAGUCAAGGCCAAGAAUACCCGAACCAUCACAUUUCAGCAGUUCCAAGAGGCAAUGAAGGAACUGGGCCAGAAGCGUUUCAAGGCAAAGAGCCCAGAAGAUGGCCUACAGCAGGUUUACAAGCUUCUGGAGGGCCAGGAUCCAACUACCAGUGGUGUUACUAAAGUCAGCAACGUGGGCGGAGUGGAGCGACUGACAGACACCAGUAAAUACACUGGCUCCCACAAGGAGCGCUUCGACGAGAGCGGCAAAGGCAAAGGCCUGGCAGGUCGAACAGAUACGACCGACAACUCGGGCUAUGUGAGUGGCUACAAGGGUGCUGGCACCUAUGACCAGAAGACUUCAAAGUAG